AUGGCAUCAACACGGACAUUCUCGAAAAAACUCGACCAAGUUGAUCUAGAAUUGAUCAAGCUGAUCAAAAAUGAAAAAUCACUGGAAUACUACAAUGCAUACAUUUUAAUAACACAUUUUGAAAUGGGAUCUGCGCGUCUUAAAUCUCGUCUCUACCGCACCAAACCAUCAUGGUGGAAACAUGGAUACACCAAUCUCUGGAAUGACCUUAUGGGAACGCGGGCAAAAGCAGAAUUAGAACUCGCUCGAGCCAGAACGGUCUGUCAACUCGACGACAAUAAUCAUGCAAGUGACCACACGCGCAUGAAGCAACAGAACACAAUGGACUUGUGUAUUCGCCUGCGAGGGAUUCUUCAAAUGUUCAAUGCUGUGGUAUCACAGUUUGAUGACCUAAGACUCUUGCUUGGUGUCAAGGAUAAUAAGCGCAGGUUAGCAAUGAGGGAUGAUCUGGAGAUGGUAAAUGAGUGGGCGGAGGAUGUGGUUGGUUUUCUGCAAAGACGAGAAUCACCAGGCAUUCCACAAGUUCCUCCACAACCCUACAACAACCCCUCUGCCAACAGCUUGAAUCAAGCCAAUGGCGUGACAGAAGCCGGUCAAAUCUCACGACAUGAGUGUGCAGAUAAUCGGGAACCAUCAAGUAGCCAAUUGCCACCGUUGCAACGAGAUGACAGAAACGGGUCGCCGCAACGAGAGAGUUCCAGGAGCCAGGGAGAAAGGCCGGUGGGGAGCUCAGAAUGA